UGGGCCACGGGGCUAAGCGCUUGACGGCAGCCCCAAGGGGCCUGGGCCCGAGCCCCGAGCUGUGCCAUGGGCAGGCGGCCGCCAGGCCUGGCCUUGCUGGGGAAGGCAGCGCUGACGCUGGGGCUGGUGCUGCUCUAUUAUUGCUUCUCUAUCGGCAUCACCUUCUACAACAAAUGGCUGAUGAAGAGUUUCCAUUUCCCUCUUUUCAUGACCCUGUUGCACCUCCUGGUUAUUUUCCUGCUCUCCGCUCUGACCAGGGCCCUGAUGCAUUGCUGCACCAAGAGGUCCCGUGUGGUGCUGACCUGGGCUGACUAUCUCAGAAGGGUGGCUCCAACAGCAUUGUCGACUGCCUUGGACAUUGGGUUGAGCAAUUGGAGCUUCCUGUACAUCACAGUCUCCCUCUACACAAUGACAAAAUCCUCUGCUAUCCUCUUCAUCCUGCUCUUCUCCCUGAUCUUCAAACUGGAGGAGCUGAGGAUGGCGCUGGUGCUGGUGGUUCUGCUCAUUGCUGGGGGGCUCUUCAUGUUCACGUACGAGUCCACACAGUUCAACAUGGAGGGGUUUGCGCUGGUGCUGGGUGCCUCCUUCCUUGGGGGCAUUCGCUGGACUCUCACCCAGAUGCUCAUGCAGAAGGCCGAGCUGGGGCUUCAGAAUCCCAUUGACACCAUGUUCCACCUGCAGCCUCUUAUGUUCCUGGGGCUCUUCCCUCUCUUUGCUGUGUUUGAGGGGUUGCCCUUAUCUACGUCGGAGAAGUUGUUCCGUUUCCAUGAGGCAGGGCUGUUGCUCAGUGUGGUGGGGAAGCUCUCCUUAGGGGGGUUUCUUGCUUUCGGCCUGGGCUUCUCCGAGUUCCUCUUGGUUUCCAGAACCUCAAGCCUCACUCUCUCCAUUGCUGGCAUUUUUAAGGAAGUAUGCACCUUGCUGCUGGCCACUCACUUGCUGGGAGACCACCUGAACCUCCUGAACUGGGUGGGCUUUGCUGUCUGCCUAUCGGGAAUCUCCCUGCAUGUCACUCUCAAAGCCUUCAGUUCGAAAGGUGAAAAGGAGUCAAAGCUUCACAAAGGGACCAGCUCCAGCCCUGACCUGGAGCUGCUGCUGCGGCGCAGUGAGGCUGAGGAGGAGGAAGAGGAAGUUGUAACCGAACUACAGCACUAAUUCAGCCCUGAGCACAAUGCCCCUGCUGCAUCUGAUCAUCAGACACAACUGAGCAGCAAACAGGUCCAAUAAUCUUGGGCUGCCAGCUCCUUGAGGUCGGGCACAUGAGAGGAAGUAGAGCUGGUGAGGGGCCUGCUGCUCAGCACCCACAGCCCAGAUCCAUGGAGCCUGUUUGGGUGAAACAGGCAGCACUACACACUUCCCCUUAAAAGGGAUUGGAAGAGAAACCCAGCUGUAGUGUGGGGGAUGGGGCACAGAAACUAAGAUUGUAGAGCGAGGGGAGCCCACAGGUUGCAGGUCAUGGAGAUGAGGGUCAGGACUCACUAUGGACUCUUCCUCCAACUUGUUCUGUUGUUGGUUCCAAUGAGAGAAGGCAGCAGGGCCCCUUUGGGGCUCUUUCCCCACAGCUUUGCCGCUCAGAGCCCUUACGUUCUCUGAAGUUGAUGGUAAUAUAUAAAAUCUGGGACUUGCCCCCAUGGGGCAGCCAUUAUACCCAGUAACCUGUUUGGUCCCAGCACACAAUGUGAAGAGAGGCUACUCCCUACUUGUUAUUGGGGACGAAUCCAGGCAGGAUAAUCAGGGAAAGAUGUGCGUUGCUGGCCCUGUAGGGUCUGGGGGGCAUUAAGGGCCAGGGCAUCUAGGCAGUGAAUUUCUUUAUUGAAAGGAGUUCUGAUUUUUCAUGGAAAUAAAUGACUAGCCAGCUCUCGCCUCUGCAUGCAGCUGAACGUGUGUGCACCUGUUACAGAAAAGCAGAGGCAACUCUCCCUCCCUCCAUCCAAGCCGUUACCUCUAUCCUGGCACCGUCCUGUGGGAUGUUCAUACUACCACUUGCCCAGAGAGUCUCCCUGGCCUGGCACACAAGGUGCCUUUGGCUGCAGUAGGUAGGUGUCAGUGCAGAGUGCUGAAUGGCACUGGUGUGCAGUCCCCUUGUCCUCUCCAGGAAAUUAUUAUAAAGAGAACUGCAAGGUGUCUCACCUCUGGACUGCCUCCUCCCCAGCAUGCCUGAAGAGCAAGUUGUGCUCUCUGCUGACUUCCACCAGAAGGAGGUAGAAAAGGAGUGUCUCCUAGAAGCCCAUGUACCAAGAAGGAGGCAAAGGUUUUAGUGUCAUGGGUUCCUGCAGCAGCUUUCACACUGUAACUGCCGUUGAUUUUAGGCAAUAACUCCUGCUGCCAGGUUAAGGGCCCAGCUGCUCUUUCCUGGGAGCACAGAUUGAGUUAUGAGUUUUGAGGAUUAAUGUAAUGUUCCCAGAAAUGGACAGCAGGUGGCACUACGACCCCAUAUUCCAAAGCCACGUUGCCACCCAGGCAAGAGAAGGCGUGUGUGUGUGUGAGAGUGAGAGAUAAGUAGGGCCCUACCAAAUUCAUGUCCCUGAAGAACACAUCACGGACUAUGAAAUCAGACCUCCCUAUGAAAUCUAGCUAUUGGAGAGAGAGAGAGGGGCAGGGCUUGGAGCACCCUGGUUGGGCGCCUACCGUUCACCAGGCUCCAGCUGCUAGUCUGCUGGGCUAGGGAGGGACAGGACUUUCUCUUCCUCUGCAUGGCCGCUCUUGGGAGGUUAUGAGAGAUCAGACCCAUCUCUGGGUACCUCCCCCAGCUGCAGGAAGCUCCAUGGCUGCUGCCUUCAGAGCCCAGCUCUGAAAGCAACACAGAAAUGAGAAUAGUAAGCUUGCACCUCCCCUAUAACAGUUUUGUGACCCAAUGGCCCUCUUCAGGGUCUGGGAGUGGGGCUUUAAUCUGAGCUGCUCAUACCCUGAUUCUCAGAUAGCUCUCACCUCAGAGCAAUGUUCUGACACUCCCAGUGAGAAUCCAGCUACCUUGUCACUAAAUUCACUUUCCUGAUGGGAAGUGCCAGAGCCAUGAGUGAACUUUAGAGUAACUGACUUGCACCUCCCAGGGCCUGGCAGCUUUUCCAUGAGAGAGUGAAACUGAAAUCUCCAUAUAUCUGCCCUGCCCUGCCCUGCUGGAGGGAAGAGCUCAGAAAUCUGCUUCUCCAAGAUCUGGCAGCUGCUGCCAGGAGGGUUCAACACCAUCUCAUUUCAGGAGGGCAAAGAGGAAGCCUCAGCUCCGAGUGUCUAUGUUGUGGUUCCCUUGCCUGGACAAGGCAGAGUGGUGAUAACUGUGGCUCUACCAUCUAUUCUCCAGCAGGCACUGUCUGACAGUCUCUUCCCAGAUCCUAUGUCUGGGAAGAGAAGCAUAGAGACGCCUGCUGCUUCACUUUACCUGCCCCAAUAUCUGCUUUAGGAAGCCAGAGCCUGAGGCGGGGAAUUGUCAUGGUGAAGCAGCCUUCACCUCUAUGUCCAGUGCAGCUUUGGGCCAGGCUAGGAAGGCCGGAGGCUAUGGGAGGACACUCUGGUCCAGUUUUCUAUGAGGCUCGCCAGUUAGGAGUGACAGUGGAACUGUGUCCUCUCCUUUCUUGCCCCAUGAAUUAGGCAUGCCCCUGUGGGAAGCUCAGUAAUGCUUUUAUUAAUAAUUAAUUACUCCCUGUUCCUCGGCAGGGAAAUGAGCCUCACUGAGGCCUCAUAAAUCCAGGCAGGGACCCUGCGAUAAAAGGCAGGAGGAGUUCAUUGCGGGGCACCUUCCGGAGCUGCCACAGCAGCUAUAGCAUUUAGUGAAUAAUGAAUGCCUGUGGAAAGGAUGGGUCUGACCCUGUACACUGGCACAACCAGUAUCUGGGUGCCUUCCACUUUCUGGAGGCUUUUUGAGCGCUUUUCCUGUUGCUUGGUGGGGAGGUCUUCUGCGUUCUGAGCCAGUGGAUGUUUCUGAGGGGCUCCUGCAUCUGCAAGGGCCCUUACAUAGCAGAAAAUUCAUGUUGUCUUGCUCUCUAGAAAUGAGACAUUGUCCCAUUUUACUCGCUGCCCCUUGCUGUUCCCUGUCAGGAACUUUGAGGGGCACAGGAUUGGAUCACAAUGUAGACAGGCAGCGUCUGUACAGGGCUGGGCUAGGACAGUGAACUUCAUCCAGAAUAUAAAAUAAAUAGGCCAGGUAACAUGGAGCUGGGGAUGUUGCCUGGUACUAGCAGCUCUCAGCACCAUAGUUGUGACCUGGCAGAGGGGAUGUAGGUCAGGAGAAAAGACUAGUGCCUCUGCUCCAUCUCUAAGGAAGGGCUUGUAGGGACACUCAUCGAUCUUUAGACAAUAGCAACCACUGGCUCUGGUGGUGCACUGCAGAGUCACAGUUGGCAGGGCUGCCUGUGGGGGGGCAAGUGGGGGAAUUUCCCCGGGGUCCUGCAAGCCCUGGCGGAGAAUCCCUUCCCUGGCUAGAGCUGCCUUUUCCCUGGCUAGAGCUGUGGUCCGGUCUCCAGCAGUGGGCCCUUCACUUGCUCCAGGUCUUCUGCAGCACUUCGGCAGCGGGUCCUUCAGUGCUGCUGAAGACAUGGAGCAAGUGAAGGGCCAGCUGCCACCAAAGACUCGGAGUGCCGCCCGGUGAGUGGAAGCGCUGCAGUGGGUGGCGCCUUUUUUUUAUGUCUGCUCCCCUGCUUUGCCCCAGGCCCCCUGAAUCCUCUGGGCGGCCCUGGAAGUUGGUGUCAUUUUGGGGGGUAAAACUAAUGUUUACAACAAACCAAACUGAAGUGAGUGUAAUGUAGGUGAAAGGUGCUGGCCUGGAGCUCUAGAUACUGAAUUCUCUGUGCAGGGGCAGAGUAGGACAAGCAGCCUCCUUGUGGUCCUCCUCCAGGAGUCAAAGGGGAGUGUGCUUUCCAGUCAGCCCAUUGCACACGAGAGCUGUAGCACAUGGAGGAUGUUCCUCCCAGACUACCAACUGCAUGACUGUUCCCAGUGGGCCCUGCUUGCUGCUGGCAUCGUGACUGGACCCUGGUCUGCUGUGUCCCUCUUCCUAAGCAAAGUAACAUGACAAACCAAAAAACUCUGAUUUGGACUCAAGUCCUGUUUCUCAUUUCCCCCAAGACCCAGAGGGGAGGGGCUCUGCCUGGGCCCAUAAAGCAUAUGUCAGUCCCAGCACUGUAAUGAGAGUUCUGUUUGACCCGGGUGAAGCCUAAAAAGUCAAAUAAUCAGACUGUUCAUAAGUGCUUGGCUUCCCCAGCCAAGCCUUUGGUGAGUCAUGGAGGCACAUCUCAGAGCCAAGCCCCCAGCCAUGUCGUCUCAGAGCCGAGCCCCUAGCCAUGCUACGGAACAAUGUCGUCUCAGAGCUGAGCCCCAAAUGUGCUAUGGAACUGCGUCAUCUCAGAGCUGAGCCCCCAGCCAUGUCAUCUGAGCCGAGCCCCAAGCCAUGUCGUCUCAGAGCCGAGCCCUCAGCCAUGCUAUGGAACCACGUCAUCUGAGAGUUGAGCCCCAGCCAUGUCGCCUCUGAGCUGAGCCCCCGACGUGCUAUGGAACCACAUCAUCGCAGAGGCGAGCCCCCAGCCAUGCUAUGGAACCAUGUCGUCUCAGAGCCGAGCUCCUGACAUCCUAUGGAAUCACAUCUUCUUAGAGCCGAGUCCUCAACGUGCUACAGAAUCGCAUCUUCUCAGAGCUGAGCCCCCAACCAUGUCAUCUCAGAGCCGAGGCCCCGACGUGCUACGGAAUCACAUCUUCUCAGAUCCAAGCCCCUGACGUGCUACAGAACCACGUCAUCUGAGAGUUGAGCCCCAGCCAUGUCAUCUCAGAGCUGAGCCUGUGGGAAUGCCACGGGAGCCACAUCAUCUCAGAGCCUCACCUCGCCUGUGCUACCAGAGCCACGUCAUCUUGGGGCUCAUAAGGUGAGGGAACCACACGGGCCCAGUACUAACAGUGAACAAAUUGCUAGGCCUUAUUACAUGCACGUGGCUAUGCUGGUGUGGGUUGAGGGCUUCAGAAAACAACACACUGAGCACCAUGAGGGCUCACAAACUAUUAAAGGGAUACAACCCCAAUUCUGUACAUUAUACCUUUGCCCACCCUGCUAUUUUGUUUCGCCUUUGCUGUGCUGUAUGUGAUCAGGAAUGAUGAGUUUCUUGGGGCAAGGACUGAGAGUUGUUUACAGGAUUUCUGUUGCAUUCAGAAAUCAUGAGUCAGGCUGAAAAAGUUCCUUGGAUUGGUUUAAAAAAAUUAGAUUUAAAAAAAAAAUAAUAAAUUUUGGGUGUUUCUUUGUCUUUGGGUCACUGAGCCUUUGGGGGCUCUGAGCCUUCAGGCUCCUGAGGAGAAUGGACUCUAGAUUCUCUUCACUAUGAAAGAGGCCAGUGAUCUGCUUUAAAAAAUAAAAAAACCUGCUGAAAUUCUUUGUAUUCACCUGACUCCAGGUGCUGGAGCUUUGAUAAGAACAUUAUCACAAAUCUUGCAGUAAAAUCUCAUGUUGGUUGUA